GCGCUGAGGCAAUGGGUGGAACGCUGAACAAGAGACCGUGGGAAAGUUAAAGUCCUUCACAUCCAUCACGACGUCCCACAAUCACCCCUCCCCUGCCUACACACUCGAACUCGCCCUCAAUGUUCGCCCGCGCAGUCACCCAUCAAUGCGUAUCGAUACCACGGCUUCUUGCAGUCCUUGCGGUCGUGCUCGCCCUACAUGCCACCCUCGUCUCGGCCCACAUGGCGAUGGCGGAUCCGCCAGCCCUGCGGUACAAGUCGAAUCCCUACAAGGUUGCCGAAGAUUACGAUUACCUCUCGCCGCUGUCGCCGUCGGGCAGCAACUACCCCUGCAAGGGCUACCAUGAGGAUCUCGGGACACCCGGCGGAAAGUCCGCUCGAUGGUUCGGCGACAUCUCAUUCGGCGGCUCGUGCCAGCUGUCGUUCUCGUUCGACGGAGGAAAUUCUUGGCAGGUCAUCAAGUCAUUCGUCGGUGGGUGCGUGAAACCGGACCAGGGAAGUGAUCAGUCGACGUGGUUAACAACCCAAGGCAACCGCGAAAUCUACAUGAACUGCGCGGUAGUGACCAUCUCCGGCGGCAAGCGCAAGCUGAUGGCGCGCGAGGAAUUCAACGUACUCCCGUCAAUGCUCAAGAAGCGCGCACUGGGGCCCCAAGUCUUCCUCGCAAACCUGGGCAACGGCUGCACCACGCAGGCCGGUGCCGACGUUGAGUUCCCAGACCCGGGGAACAACGUGGAGCGCGGAGGCGCGGGGGAUACUGCCGCGCCCGUGGGGGAUUGUGGGAAGGUGGUG